CAAAUCUUCCCGCUACUGCUAAGGUACACACACCUCCGGUCGACGACUGCUGAGGUUCAUGCUCGACGCGAAGAAUCAGGACAGAACGCUGCGUUCUUUACGCAUAAUGAUCAGCCUCCAACCAUGACGAGGUCGCUGUCGAUCGUGGACCUGCCGCAGGACAUUCACGACGCCAUCCUCGCCCAUGUCGACGCACCAACAAGACUUGCGCUUGCCCUCUCGUGCCGGACCUUGCAUCGUGCAGCCUCCCGUGAGCUUGCGUCGACGGUCACCCUUGAUGGCUUGGGCCAGCUGGUGCGCUUCCUCGACCGCUGCACUUCCCCGUCCAAUGGGCCGGUCUACCUUGCACCGUGCUGUGCACACGGGUACCCUUUGCCGCACUCGUUCGGUAGCGUGACGGAUGACGAUCGACCAGCAAAGGCAAACCCGUGGCCUCGGAGCGCCAUGGUGCGCGACUUGACGCUGCGAUCGCCCGGGCCCCUGCUCCAUACCUACGACUCGACGCUCGACGACCUCGUCUCAACCCGCCCAUGGCUGCAGCGCGCCCCUGGCGGGCUCAUCGGUGCCGUACUUCGCCUCUGUCCCCGCCUUCGCUCAUUGCACAUCAUCGAUUCCUCGCUGCCCCUGCACCACAGCCUGGCCCAGUGCAUCGUGACAUGGACGCCCCAGCUACAGCACCUCACCGUGCGCUCAAAGCACACCGACGCCGCCUCGCUCGCUUUCAUUGUACGGCGCCUGCCCCAGCUGCGAAGCCUCGACGUAGCCGGUGUUCAGACAUGCUCCUGUCGCGGGCCCGACCAGGCGGACGCAGCCGCCCUCGCCCUGGCCGUUGCGCUCGGGUCCUCACAGAUUACGCGGCUGGUCCUCACGAGCUGCCGCUCCUUCAACGACGGUGCCAUCUUCUCGUACCUCGCUCGCCAUCAGCGCCGACACCCAGGCGGGCACAAUUGGGAUGAUGACGACGACGACGACAAGAAUCGCAUCGUCCUCGACUCGCUCGAGCUCCACCGCAUCAACCUCGUCCGGCCACAGGCGCUCGUCGAGCUCCUGUCCAGCCCAGCCUGCGCCCAGCUGCGGCACCUCUACAUUGGCGGACUGCGUCGGCUCAGGUCCGUCCAUCUCUCUGCCUUUCUGGAACGCCGGGACCCGGCGCGGGACCUCGAUCUUGAGGUCGAUGCACGCCUGAUGAGCCGGGCGAUGUACUGCGAGGAUCAAUGCGCCGCUUCGGCAGGCCUGACCCGGCUGAGGCUGUUUGGGCCCAGCCGCGAGCAGGGCGUAUGGAUCAGAGUGGCGCUCCGGGAGGAUGCAGGAUCCAAGCUGGGCCGACUCAGAGAAGUCAUCGUCAUUCCGCGCGAGGGCGACGACGGGCAAAUGUGGAAGGACUACAAAGUGAAGGGGCUAGACAUUCGUGUGGGCGACGACACCUCAGAAAGGGUCCACCAGGAGAGACGGUGGUGCCGGCAAGAGCGGGCGAGGCUCGUUCGAGAGCAGCAGCAGAAGCUCGCGCUGAUCCAGGUGGGCGGAGGAGCCUUUGCGGCAUACAGGAACGAAGACUGGUGAAGGUGGAACAUCUGCGCAAGUGCAUGCAAGUGACAAUUUAAGAAACAAUGAUGGUUGAUUGAUUGGACAAUUGAG